AUGGCUCAGAUGGACCUCUCAAUCAUCCCUCUCGCAACAAACCCAUCCGGAGCCCCUCCAAACUUCACCAACCCACCUUCUAUGGCAGGAACUGUGUUUGCUGUUGGGCUCUCGCUCUCACUGAUUAGUAUAGUGUUCGUGUCACUGCGUCUAUACACCAACUGGACCAAUGCGAGGAGACUGGUUCUUGCUGAUUAUUUUUGUACCUUCGCCUUAAUCUUCUUGAUUUCGUACUAUGCCCUCAUCGCUAGUGUUGGCGAGUCUGCCAAACAUACAUGGGAUGUCCCAAUGAGCAUACUCACUCCCUCGUAUCUCAAAAGGAUAGCAGCGGAGAACUUUGUCAUUGGCCCAUCACUAUGGGCAUCGAAAGCAGCAAUUCUUGCAUUGUACAUUCAACUUUUUGGCAAGACGAAUGCCUGGCUUCGAUGGACCUCAUAUAUUACAAUCUUAGUCACCUUCUGCUUUUAUUGGAGUAUGGUUCCCUUGGCUGGUGUGUACUGCGUUCCCAAGAUUGGUCAUGCCUGGGACAUGAGUCUCAUGGCAAGCUGUGGAAAACUCGCCAUUGUGGCACCACUUCAGGGAGCGGUUGGACUCGCAACCGACUUAUUUAUCUUGAUUCUUCCAGCGCCAAUUCUUUGGGGUCUGAAUCUGCCCCCAAGAAAGAAGCUUGGUGUAACACUCGUAUUCCUCGCUGGUACAUUCGCUGUCAUUGCCAGUACCGUCUCUCUUUACUAUCGAAUCAGAACUUGGCUAGGUCAUGACCCGACAUGGAACGGGUCCAUUAUUACCAUCACCACAUUCGUGGAGGGAUUUGUAACCGUCAUCGUCUCAUGCGCUCCAGCAAUCUCAUGUUUCUGGCUUAACAUAGUCACCAAAUCAAGCAUAUACAACAGUAUCGUCUCUCCCCGGGGCUCCAUGGCCAACUCAGAGAAGGUAUCGGACUCCGACGACAAUUCUGAGUUUAGCAAAAACAAUCGAUCUCGCUCGUCGAAACCGAGUUUGUACGGUUCAGCAAAUUACGAACACACCGAUGCCUUUUAUGGGAAGUUAACGACAAUGACAGAGGUUCGAGCGGUCCCAGUAGAGCGGACUAGUAAGGAGGGGUUUAUUAUCAAAGAGACUAGUGUCGACCAGUCUUCUGAGAGGUCAUUCAGAUCAGACUGA